AUGGCUCCUGAAAAGAUUAUUAUAGAUACUGAUCCUGGUGUGGACGAUAUCCUCGCGCUGCUAUUGGCGUUAUCUGCGUCCGCGGAGGAGAUUGAGCUCUUGCUUGUGUCGCUUACAUUCGGCAAUAUUGACGUUGAGAACUGCUUGAGAAAUGCUAUCUCUCUAUUCCAUGUCCUUGAAAAGGAAUUGGCCUGGAGAAAGGCCAACGGGAAGCCAUUGGGGUAUGAGUCUCUGCGAAAGUACAAGCCAAUUCUAGCAGUAGGAGCAGAGCAGCCACUAGAUGAGCAACUACUUAUGGCUGACUACUUCCAUGGAAUCGACGGUCUCGGUGGAGUUCAUGCUAAGGCACCACACUUUACUCCCGAGGAACUCUUCCGCCAUUUAUUUCACUCGCCUUCAGCAUCCUCUACUCCAAUUCCACCAGAAAACCCUAUCCCUCUUCCUCACGAGGCUCUCUUCACACCCUCUUCGUCGCCAGCCUACCUUGAGAUAUUGUCUCAGCUCAAGAAAAACCCUCCUCAUACAGUCACUAUAGUUGCCGUCGGCCCUCUGACAAAUCUGGCAUUGGCUGCGGCACACGAUCCAGAAACUUUCCUUCUCGCAAAAGAGGUAGUGAUCAUGUCCGGCACUAUCGAUAUGGAAGGAAACGUCACUCCAAAUGCCGAGUUUAAUGCCUACGCUGAUGCAGUUGCGGCAGCUCGAGUGUUCGCUCUUACCAGCCCUUCUCCCAAGAGCACCCUUCCACCUUGUAAAUCUUUGAAGGCUUACCCAGAGAGCCUCUCAUCAAAACUAAAACUAACAAUCUUCCCGUUGGAUAUCACAACAAUGCAUCUCCUUAACGAAGCAGAGUUCAAUAGCGUUACUGAUAGCCUUAGAGACGAAGGAAGUCCAUUGGCACAGUGGAGCCAUGUAUUUAUACAUGCCACCUUCCGUAAGAUGGAGGUUUUGUAUGCUGCUGAAGCUGGUUCCUCCCAGAAGAGGAUUCAAGAUGUGGAUAUUUCAUUACAUGAUCCGCUUUGCGUGUGGUAUAUGAUUACUAAACACAUUGCAGGGUGGAAGGCAGUUGAAGAUAGAGAUAUUAGAAUAGAUUCUUCUGGUCAAUGGACUAGAGGCAUGUAUGUGGUCGAUAGAAGGACAAGGAAGAAACCAACGCUCGAGGAGAUGGCAGGGGCUGAGGAGGUAGAAGGGGAUUGUGAUGGGUGGCUGCAUCCGUUAUGGGGGAACAGAAUCAGGCAAAUGGUGCAAAGCCCUGAUCUGGAUAGGUUUGGGAAGGAGAUGAUUCGGAGGAUUUACUUGUAA